AUGCUGGCCCUGCUGCUGAUCCUCGCCACCACUGCCUUGGCUUCGGCCAACAUUUCUGCUGAAAAGUUCAAUGGGGAGAAGGUGUUCCGGGUGAAUGUCCAAAAUGAGGAGCAAGUGAAAUUGAUCAAUGCCUUGGCCAAUACCAUGCAGAUUGAUUUCUGGAAACCAGAUUCAGUUGUCCUAGUCAAACCUGACAGCAUCGUGGACUUCCGUGUGGAAGCUGCCCAGGUCUUUGCUGCUGAGCGAUUUCUGGAGCAGAAUGGAUUCAAUUACGAGGUUUUGAUCGACAACCUGCAGUCAGUGCUGGAGGCUCAGUUUGACCACCAGGCUCGGGCGACGGGGCACGAUUAUGAGAAGUAUAACACCUGGGAGCAGAUUGAAGCCUGGACCCAGCAGAUGGCUGAGGAGAACCCAAAGCUUGUGUCACGGAUUGUGAUCGGCACCACCUUUGAAGAGCGCAACAUGUACGUCCUCAAGGUUGGCAAAGAAGGAGCAGACAAGCCAGCCAUCUUCAUGGACUGUGGUUUCCAUGCCAGAGAGUGGAUCUCCCAUGCAUUCUGCCAGUGGUUUGUGAAAGAGGCUGUGAACACCUAUGGAACUGAUGCCCAGAUGGCCAAUCUCCUCAACAACCUUGACUUCUACAUCCUGCCCGUGGUCAACAUCGAUGGCUAUGUCUACACCUGGAAAAAGGAUCGCAUGUGGAGAAAGACCCGUUCCACCUCUUCUAACAGCAACUGCAUUGGUACCGACCCAAACAGAAACUUCGAUGCCAAAUGGUGUACAAUGGGAGCCUCCAAGUACCCAUGUGAUGACACUUACUGCGGACCACGCCCUGAGUCGGAGAAGGAAACUAAGGCCCUGGCCGAUUUCGUCCGAAGCAAGCUCUCCUCCAUCAAGGCCUAUCUGACCAUUCACUCCUAUUCUCAGUUGUUACUCUUCCCCUACUCAUACAACUACAAUAUCCCAAAGGACUUCGAUGAACUGAACGCCCUCGCUGAAGCUACUGUGAAACAGCUGGCUUCACUUUACAACACAAAGUACAAGUACGGGCCUGGAGCAAAAACUAUCUACCCCGCUGCAGGAGGCUCUGAUGACUGGGCUUACGAUCAAGGUAUCAAAUAUUCCUUCACCUUUGAACUCCGUGACACGGGUGCUUAUGGCUUUGUCCUUCCUCCAUCACUGAUUAAGCCCACCUGCGAAGAAACCACCCUAGCCGUCAAAUACAUUGCCAAUUACGUACUGCAGCACUUAUACUAACUUAGAGGCAAUUUCGUUGCCAGAUUCCAGCUCCUCAUUCCUCUUUUGAACUUGUGUUUCUGCUUUCCUUGAUGCUUUUGACCUUUUUAAAACACCUCAGAACUAAUGGAGCCAUCCGAGUCUUUUGCUGUUGAUCACAAAUAAAAACGAGUCACUUCCAAUUUGAAAAAUUGAUAGAACAUCUGUUUCUUGGGGAACUGGG